GGAAGAGAAGGAAAAGUGUCAUUAAUUCUGCUUUCUGUCUGCUCUAUCACGGAGAGCUGGGCUCUGGCUGAAUAGUUCUCCAGGGAAGGGAACUUGUAAGAAUGUGAGUUCCUCGGGGGCAGUGACCAUGUUUAGGAUUUCUUAGCAGAGUGCGUUGUCAGCAAGGCCUUCACAGAUGUUCACUGGAUUGACUGUAGCUGGUAUUUUAGUCGUUUCCCCUUUGUCUCCCCAGACUGCAAGUACUAUGAGAGACAUGAUGAACGUUGAAGUUAAAAAUGUUUCUUAUACCCAAGCAACUAUCUCCUGGUCCACGCUGGAGCCCUGUCUGGAGAAUAAUUACCACAUCAUGUAUAGGCCCAACUGGAACAGCAUCUUCUCAGGCUACUUGCGCCACCCCUUUCACCAUGAAGAAAGGGUGCCCCGAACCGUCAGCUCCCUGGUCCUUCGCCAGCUCGCUCCGUCUACAAUCUACUUUCUGUGCAUCACCUGCAAGAAUUCCUACCCCUCCGCCAACCACUGUACUAUGUUCCACACCUUGGAUAAAAGCUCCAAAGCUGCUCAUGGCUCCCAGCUGGAUCCUGGCGUAUCUCUCUGGGUGGUCACGGCUCUUCUCCUUGCCUGCUUCAUGGCCAUCUUAGCCUUCUUCUGUCUCCAGUUCUGGUGUCUGAGGUGCCACGAGCCACGGUGGACAUACCACUCAAGCCAGCAGGAGGAAGCUGAUGAGUUGGUGAGGUGGGCUGAGGGGGCUCUGGGCCUUGGGCAGAGGGGGGAAGACCUGCAGGAGUUCCCCAUGACAGCACUACUGACCAAGAGUUCUAGCACCACACCUGAGAGCUCCCACGACUCUCCCUCUGCCCAUUUCUCCCACAAGGGGACUCAUGAUCAAGCUGUUGUAGUUCCUCAUUAUGGGCUAUGAAUGAUGGAUGAGUGGUUCAAAAGAGACGUGCCAACAGAGCACAGCCAAUUUCAUGACAUGUGCUUAAGUGAUAUUGUUUGAUUUUUUUUCCUCCUUUAUAAAAAAACCCCAAAAACUCCUUUUCUUCCUGUGCCAGGGAAGUCUCAGUUUAGGGUCUGGGUAAAUGCCCAGGGAUAUAAAUAGGUCGGCCCACUGUCAAUGCUAUACAAAGCCCCCAGGGCCUCUAGCACCCGGUGGCCUCUACAUAUUCUCAGCUCAUCCACCCUAUAAUCUGGAAGGGGAGAAGGCAGAGGUGGGGUGUAGAGUCAGAGAAUCUUUGAGGCAGAAGGUAAUUCAUAGAUUACCUAGUCCAACCACCCCCCACCUCUCAUUUUACAUUGGAGGAAGUGAAGUCUUAGAGAGAUUGUAUGAAUUUAGUCAGUGUGUGUAGUGGAAAGAGGACUGGUCUUAGAUUUAAAAAAAAUUUGAGUCUGAGUUCCAGCUCAUAUGUGGCCAUAGACAAGUCAAUUAAACCCAGUGGUCCUCAUCUCCUCCUUUAUAAAAUGACGACAGUAACAUUUGUACUAGAGAGGAAGUGUGGCAUUCUGGACAGAGAGCUGGCCUGGGUGGCAGGAAGACCUGAAUUCAAGUCCCACCCUGGACCCAUACUGGCUAUAUGACCCUAGGCAAGUCAUUUGAACUCUAAAUGUUCCAGGAGAUUUUUUUUUCUCAAACUAAAAGUUGUGGAACAGUUGUUGAUCCUGGUGGAAGUUCUUCCUGAGGAGCACCCUGUGCCAAUGAAAUUAUAGAUUUAGUCAAGAACAAAACCAAAGAGAAAUCUGUGUACUCUCCACUUCACAAGGGUGCUGAGAAGAAAGGACUUAAUAAGCUUUUAAGAAUGAGACAAACAUAGGUCAUCGCUGUUGCCCAAGAUCACACAAUUUCUUUCUAUUGUGGGUUGUUUCUAUGGACCCUGAGUCCCAAGCCAGAUGCUUGAGAAGGAUCUUGAUGUUAAUAGUGGCAGAUUUCUGUUGAACUGGAAAAAAAUUAUUCUUGAAUUUUGGUGGGAUUUAUUGUAAUUAUAAUCUCCUUAAUAAUUGAAAUCUUCAGCUCUUUUGUUUCUCCUGUUACAAAGUCCCUUGACAAGAAACUGCCUCCCCAUGUAAGCUCCAAGUAUCAGUGAAUGGUUGUGGCUGGUGGUCCAAAAAGGAGCAUGAGGGCUUAAGUUAGAUCCAUGCAUGUGAAUAUAAAUAGGAGGAAAGGAAGAGGAGAACCAUCUUGGAGCCUGGGCUGCACCAGUGUGAGAUGAGAGCCUAAGAUGUGGUCCUUAAGGCUGAAGCCAAUGAGCAAAGAUAGAUAUACCUUAUGUCCCUACUAUCCAUUCCCUUCCCUCCACUCCACUGCCAUGCCAUCACCCAGCAGUCAUAGGAUCAUAUGAGCACCCUGUAAUUAGUAAAACAAGAAGGAAUCACGAUGGGGCAACCAAGCUCAGAGAGAGUCGUUGUACACCCUCUUCCCAUCCCCAAGCCCUCCCUGAUAGUACGUGACAAGUAUAUAAUAAAAUACCAUGUCUUUACAUUGCCACGCAUGAUCCAGAUUUUCAGCCUGACUAAAGCUGAUUUUAAAAAGACUCUAGUAUCCUUA